AUGUCGCAGAAUUCGCAGCAGACGAAACCCAAAUGGGGUGUGGGAUCUUUUCUGCAGCAGGCAGUAGCAGGUGUCGAGUCGAGAUUAGAUCAGAUUCUCGCCGAGGAAGACGUUCAGAAACAUGGGGCUACAAGGAAUAAACCGCUAGAGGAUAUGGCAAGUCAGGCAGGAACUUCCGCGCAAAAAUUGGCAGCGAGUUCCGUCUCGCGCAGCUCGUCCACUGCGCGAAAGAACGACCGUUUACAGGAACGACUGGCUCGUGCCAUGGCGAAAUCUAACACAGCCGGAAGCUUGGCAAGUCCCCCUUCGAGUGGAGCACCAUCUCGAACGUCCAGCCCUCUGCCUGGAAACGACCCGCGUUCUAGCAUCGACAGUUCCGCUGGCAAUGUUGAAGAGACCGUACGGAGCCCUACGAAAGAACGAAGCCCAUCUAUUACCUCAUCUGCACCUCGAAGUAGUCAUGAUUCCGACCGGCUGUUACAAGAUUCCAAAGAGACGCAGUUGGAGCUGGGCGAGGGACCGAUAUCGACCGCUGCUUCAGAGGAGAAGGAGACACAGCAUGACGAAGUCGAUAGUAAACCAGAGACCCCCGAAGUACUCCAAGACCGCGUACAGACCUCGACACCAGAUACGACUGGAGCUACUCCUGCGCCAUUAAACGAAUAUGAAGCGACUGUAGCUCAACUGAAAGCAGAUCAUAAAGCCUCUGAGUCAAAGUGGCAGGAAGAGAUGUAUGGAUACCUUGAGCGGAUCGACGCGCUGCAAUCGAAGUUGAAAUACCUGGCGAAAGAGGCUGCUGAGUCCGCAAAGAAAGCCGCCGCUACUGCCGAGCCUGGAAGCAUCCAAAAGCAACUCCUGGAAAAGGAUGAACGAAUCGCUCUACUACUUGAAGAAGGCCAAAAGUUAUCGAAGAGUGAAAUGGACCACCGAAUAGCAAUCAAGAAACUCCGACAACAGCUUUCGGAGAAUAGUAAAAGCCAGGUUGAGGCUAAAAAGAAGACCGACAAGUUGGAGCGGGAUCUAGCUGCUGCAGAAGCAAGAGCCAAACGAGCGGAAGCAGCGGAGAAAAAGGCGAGCGAAUCGUUAAGUGUCCAGACAAAGAUUUCCAAAGAGGCGGAAGCCGUCGCCGCGGAAAGGAGCUCCCUGAAAGCGAUGAUACAGGAUUUGAAAGAUCAACUCGCCCAGGAAAAAGCAAGAGCCGAAGCUGCAGAAGAGAAGGCCCAGACGGAGGCUUUGGAGGAAGAGAGACGGCGGGUAGCCGGGCUCCAGGAUGACCUCUCGAGUGCCAAGAUUGAACGUGAGCUAAGCGAAGAAAAGCUAAGGAGAGAGAUCAGGGACCUUAAGGAUGGCAUCGAGCGGGAAAAGGAAAAGGCCAGAGUCCUGGAGGUGGAGUUGAAAGGCGAACAAUCUGCUAUGGAAAGCCAGAUGGAAACGCUCCGCGCCAGAGCAGAAGAGGUUUCAUCAAGCGCUGCAGGGGACUCUCAAGCGAAGCUGCUCCGCCAGAUUGAAACACUUCAGACCCAAUACUCUGUUGCUAGCCAGAAUUGGCAGACUCUGGAGGGCUCCUUGCUUUCUCGCCUGGCGAAUGUAGAGAAAGAACGCGACGAAUGCGCAAAACGGGAGGGAGACCUACGACGAAAAGUCCGCGAACUGAGUAUUAAUGCGAAGAAGACUGAGGAAGAGCUCGAGAACUCCAAAGAACAUAUACAGGAUCUGGAGCGUAGUCUUGAAGAAACCAAACAGGAGGUGCAAAAGCUGACAGAGAAGCUCAAGAAGGCCAAUGAUGAUGUAAACGCAGCAAAGAAAGAAUUAACAGAGCAGCAGAAGCUUUCCGAGGCGACUCUCUCUCAAAAACUAGAGGAAGAAAGGAGCAAAUGGCGCGAACAAGCUACCUCGCCAACUUCAUUCCUUCAACAACCUCGUACAGAAUCACCAGUGGCGUCCAGCCGCAGAUCCACGGUGGGACUCGAUCCCAUGUCUGACCUCAGACCGCUAAGUCGUCGCUCAUCGACAUUACCAGUACAAUCUCCUGAAUUCGGUACUCCUUCGCGACAAGACUCUUAUCCUUCCAUAAGCUCUCCACCCACUACCAACGGAGCAUCAAACCCGAUGCUCAUGCGAACCCCUUCCAUCACUUUUGAGCCGGACGAAUUCUAUGGAGGCCCCGGUACUCCUGUGACACCAUCUGCAUUCGGUGCCGGACAGACACACCAUUCACGAGGCAUCAAUGAUAUUAUUUCCGUCUCGACAGUAGGGGCGGGCCCAUCUGUUCAACUAGUUGAGCGAAUGAGUGCCACUGUUCGUCGUCUUGAAAGCGAGAGAGCGGCGUCGAAAGAUGAACUUGCACGUAUCACAGCCCAGCGUGACACAGCCAGGCAGGAAGUUGUCGAACUGAUGCGCGAGGUUGAGGACAAGAGGAAGUCAGACGCCCGUGUACAGGAGCUGGAAGCGCAUAUUGCGGAUCUCGACCAGCGGUACGAGACGACUCUCGAGUUGCUCGGGGAGAAGAGCGAACAAGUGGAAGAACUACAAGCAGACAUCGCUGAUCUAAAGAAGAUCUAUCGGGAACUGGUUGACAGUACGAUGAAGUGA